AUGCCCCAACCGGUCUGGAGCGUUGAUCCAGACUUUUGGACGGCGGCCAUUAUCGUGUUCAUCAUACAGACGGCCUUCUUCUCGCUCCGCAUUACGGCGAGAAUGAUAGGGCUGGGAAAAUGGGGCUGGGACGACUGGACGUGUAUUGUGGCCUACGCAAUUCUGGUCGCACAAUUCAUCAUGUGCAUGCUAAUAGGCCACUACGGCGAUUAUAACAACUACUGGACCCUAGACUUUGCCAACCUCCCACCCUUUUGGCGCAUCGACUUUGCCCGCGCAGUCCUGUACGCACUCUGUCUGGGCCUGUGCAAGGCCUCCAUCAUCUGCCUGUACCAGCGCAUCUUCGAAGGGCCCCGGCUGUGGUGGGUCUUCCUGGCCACGCAGCUGUUCAACGCGCUCCUGGCGCUCUCGUACUUUGUGUCGGCCUUCUUCGUCGCGCGGCCCUUCUCGUGCAACUUUGUGCUGGACCUGCCUGCGGACUGCAAGUAUGAUGAUGUCUGGGACGGCAGCGGGGCGUACUCGGCGGUCAACGCGGCGUUUGAUGUGUGGCUGGUUGUGAUUCCCGCCGUGGUCGUGUGGAGGCUGCAGAUGCGGACAGGGAGGAAGGCCAGCGUUGUUGCUGUGUUCGCGACGGGGAUCCUCACGUGUCUGGUCGCUGUUCUGCGCUUCGUGCUGUACCGCUUGCAGGGUGAUCCAGAUACUUCCGAUUACACCUACCAGAGCCUGAUCUGGGCGACCUACUACGCCUACUACGCAGAGCUGACGUCGUGCUUUGCCAUCGCCUGCCUCCCCGCCAUCCGCCAGCUGGUGGGCAAGAAGAUCUGGCCCGUGCUCAAGACGGGCUUCAGCGUGCUGUCGUCGACGUGGUCACGGUCGCGGACACGGACAGGUUCGUCGUCGAUUGUUCUGAGCGCGAGGGACACUGACCCUGCUGCUGGUGGGAGCGGCGGUAAAUGGUUGGCAUCGUCGUCGUCGUCGUCGAAGCGGCAGACGAGGACGACCAUCAUCUCGAGUCCGCUGGAUGGUAGCUUCCAGCACCUCACAAGUCAUCUGCAGGAGAAGGAGGAAGAGACGGAAGUGGCGCCGCCGAGGCUCAAAAGCUCGGGUGAGUCGGUGAGCUAUGCGGUUUGA